AGCCGACUCUUAGAGCCGAAUCGUUCGCGAACGACCCAUCACAACAACUUUAACUCCAUUGGUCUGACCGCCCAAAAACAAACAAAUUGCAGGACUGUAUUCAAGCAGUCGAAAUGUUUAUCCGUCUUCGUUGUUUAAUUUCAAAUAUUGUUUGAACAAACUGUUCACGUAUUGCUUGUCACCAUGGCACACUCCCUUCCUGACCUCUUGGAUGACCUGGAGCAAGAUCAAAAGAGUUGCAGCACUGAUCAGGUGCUGGAGCGAGAGAGGGAGAUGAAAAGGAGACUCUCAAGCUGUAAAUUCACAGAAACGUCUUUGAUUACUGCUCUAAUGCCAGUGAGCUCACCACCUACAGCCGCAAUCUGGGGCACAGAAGUUACCGGUUGGGCCUUAAAACACCUGGACCUGAGUUUCAACAGACUGAAUGAUUCAGGCAUUGUGUUGCUUUCUGCUAGGCUGGAGGAUCCACACUGUAAACUGGAGAAACUGAGGAUGAGUCGGUGUUCUCUGAUAGAAACAUGUUGUUACACGUUGGGCUCAGUUCUCGGCUCAAACUCCUCUCCCCUGAGAGAGCUGGACGUAAGUAGCAAUGAUCUACAGGAUUCAGGAAUGAAGAUGCUCUCUGCUGGACUGGGAAAUCCACACUGUAAACUGGAGAUACUGAGUCUGUCAUUCUGCAGCUUCACAGAGGAAGGCUGUGCUUCUCUGGCUUCUGCUCUGAGGUCUAACCCUUCCCAUUUGAGAGAGGUGGACCUGAGCUUCAAUCACCUAGGAGACUCAGGAGUGAAGCUGCUCUCUGCUAGACUGGCAGAUCCACACUGUAGACUGGAUAAACUCAAUUUGAACCAAAAUUAAGAGUUGUGGUUUAAACCGGAGCUGCUUAAGAAGUAUGCCAAAUGUGCUUGGACCCAAACACAGCAAACAAAUUUUUCGCACUGAUUGAGGAAAACAGAAAGCUAACAUGGGUGGAUGAAGAACAGACAUCCUGAUAACCCACAGAGAUUUGAGGAAAUGCCACAGGUGCUGUGUAGAGCGCCUCUGACCAAACGGCAUUACUGGGAGGCAGAUUUGAUUGGGAAUUGUGACAUAGGAGUGGCAUAUAAAUGUAUUAGCAGGUGGGGAAAGGCAACAGAUUGUAAGCUGGGAGCCAAUGACAGGUCUUGGUGUAUGUUCUUCGAAGAAAAUAACCGUUACCUUGCCCGCCACAAUAAUAAAGAGAAUCAUAUUCUUUACCCAACCACCAGACCUGAUCCCCAAAGAGUAGGAGUGUAUCUGGACUGGCCAGAUGGCACUCUGUCCUUCUACAGUGUCUCCUCUGACACCAUGACCCACCUGUACACAUUCCAGGCCACAUUCACUGAGCCCCUCUACCCAGCUUUUGGGGUAAUGGACUCAUUAAUGGACUCAUCCGUGUCCCUUGCGGUUACUAGUAGUCCAGUGCCAGCUGAAAAUCCUGCAUAGUCUUGGAUAAGGUACAAUUCCUUACGUUGGAGGGUAUUUUGUUUCACAGCCUUUUCUAUUACAUUUUCAUGACUGAAUUUGAAUGAUGGAAAAGUUGAAUGGGACAUUAUUUUUUCCAUCAUUGACAGUUAGCUUGUAACUUUGGGUUUAAAAUAAAGAACAACUGUUGGUUGUUGCAGUCAUAGAAAUGUAAUGAAUGAAAUGGUAAUUCGGUGGUGUAAAGUUCUUUCAUAUGACAGCGACAAGGGUUUUAAUUUGCCUAUGAUUUGGCCAUGUCUGUUUGUAAAUAAAUAUUUGUGUUAUCUCAUAGCAUAUGCACAGUGUAAAGCACUAGGUAACUUUUCUGCAUGUUUGUCAAAAUGCAUAUUAAGAUUUUUUUUAAUGGAUUAAAAGACACUUGCUUCUA